CGCACAUACACACCCGCACACACACACACACGCGCACACACAGACACACACACCUAUACACCCGCACAUGUAAUAAUACGCACGCGCGUGCGAACACGCUUUUUCCUAUUUCGCCGGUCCUUUUUAUUCCACAUCUACUGUCGCUGCUCCGCGGCGGCGUCUCUCUUUCAGCCGGUCGGGCGCGCGCGGUCUCUCUCGCGCUCUCUCGUGCCCUCUUCGUCUCCUUCUCUCGCACACCAUCGUCCGCAAAGCGCACGGCGCGCGCGUCGCACUCUGCACCACGUAUAGGUACGUCGCGUACGUGUGUAUACGCGAGCCCGGCUCCGUGGGCAUAUCCCGGCUAAAGUCGUCCGCCGCGCUUUUAAACAAGUAUAUUAAUAUUGUUGUUGUACGCAUUUAACACGCCGAUAGCGGCGCACAUUUACCGCGUGUCCCGUUUUAGUGAUUUCGUGUACGUAUUUCUCCAACCGACAAGCCCGGCCGUGUACGACCCCCGGGUACGUCGGGAGAGGAAAAGGCGGCGGUCGGCCAACCCCCUACCCACACACCUCUUGAGCACGCAGCUACGACAUCCGCGACGACGACCGCGACGACGACGUUGCCGUAUAUGGUGCUCUGGCGACGGCCGUGCCAGAUCGGUGGUUGGCCCGCGGGACGACCGCGACGACGCGCCGACUGCACCACAAUCACCUCCCGUACCAGCCGCAGCGGCCACGGGCACGAUGACGUGUGGCGGCCGGCGGCUAUCGCCGUCGUAUUACCGACACCACCGGCGCCGGUGCCGGCACACCGGCGACCCGCAGCACAGCCGCCGCGGUCUGAACCACCAGCACGAUCACCGCAAUCAUCACCACUACCACCACAACUACUACCGUCACCACCACCACCGUCAUCAUCACCACCAUCAUCAUCACCGCCAACACGACCGACACGGGCGCGGCCAACCCCGGUUGCGGGCGGCCGUGGCCACCGAUAGCCGCGCCCGACUGCCGUACCCGGCCGCUGACGCCGUGGCCUCGUCGGACGCGACGCCGCUGCCGUUGCCGGCUAUGAGGCACGCACCCGCUGCCGCCCGCCGGCACUCUUCUUCUUCUUCGUCGUCGUCGUCGGCGGCGGCCGUUCGCCGCAUGUCCGCGUGGCUGGUGGCCUGCGUCGCAUUUUGGGCCCCAUCGACACCCUGCACGCACGCCGCUAGUAUGUAUGGAGACGUGAACAUAUCGGCCAUACUCGAUUCGUUCAGCGGCAGUUACGACAAAAGAGUAAGACCGAAUUACGGAGGUCCCCCAGUAGAGGUCGGAGUCACCAUGUAUGUUCUCAGUAUAAGCUCCGUGUCCGAAGUACUCAUGGACUUCACGCUGGACUUUUACUUCAGACAGUUUUGGACCGAUCCCCGGUUGGCGUUCACCAAGCGGCCGGGCGUUGAGACACUAUCCGUGGGAUCGGAGUUCAUCAAGAACAUCUGGGUGCCCGACACGUUCUUCGUCAAUGAGAAACAGUCUUACUUCCACAUAGCGACGACCAGCAACGAGUUCAUCCGGAUACACCAUUCCGGGAGCAUAACGCGGAGCAUUCGCUUGACCAUCACCGCAUCGUGCCCCAUGAACUUGCAGUACUUCCCGAUGGACCGACAGUUGUGCCACAUCGAGAUCGAGAGCUUCGGAUACACGAUGAGGGAUAUCAGGUAUAAAUGGAACAAGGGUCCAAACUCGGUGGGCGUGUCCAACGAAGUGUCAUUGCCGCAAUUCAAAGUACUUGGACACCGUCAGCGAGCAAUGGAGAUAAGCUUGACGACGGGCAACUAUUCGAGACUGGCUUGCGAGAUCCAAUUCGUACGGUCCAUGGGCUACUACCUGAUCCAGAUCUACAUACCCAGCGGGCUGAUCGUCAUCAUAUCGUGGGUGAGUUUUUGGCUGAACAGGUGCGCUACACCCGCCCGAGUCUCGUUGGGCGUCACCACCGUGCUGACCAUGACCACGCUCAUGUCGUCCACCAAUGCGGCGCUGCCGAAGAUAUCCUACGUCAAGUCCAUCGACGUGUACCUGGGCACGUGUUUCGUCAUGGUGUUCGCCUCGCUCCUGGAAUACGCCACCGUGGGAUACAUGGCCAAAAGGAUACAGAUGCGGAAGAACCGUUUCUUGGCCAUUCAAAAGAUUGCUGAACAGAAGAAAGGCGGCGGAGGAGGAGGAGGCGCCGGUGGUCACUCCGCCCAUGACGGCCACUCGCACGCGCAUCCCCACCACACGUCACGUCACGGUCAUGGCCAUGGAUCUAUAUCUGGUCACAGCACCCUGUCGGGACAUGGCACAUUGUCUGGUGGCCAUGGGCCCCAGUCCGGCCACGGCACGCUCCCCCACGGUAUGUCCAGUCACGGACUGGCGUCGCACGGCACCAUGUCCAGUCAUGGUUACGACGGUGGUGGAGGUGGUCACCGGCACAGUCACAUGGGUCACGGAGGCACGUUGUCUGGAUCACUGAUGGCCGGAGACUUGGACCACACGCCCCGACAAACCGAGGUGCGAUUCAAGGCCCACGAUCCGAAAAACUACCUCAAGGGCGGUUCGCUGGAGAACACCAUCAACGGCCGCGGGGAUGACGACAACAUCACGCCUAUCCCCACGCAGCACGUCAUGCACCCCAACAAGGACAUCAACAAGCUGUACGGCAUCACGCCCAGCGACAUCGACAAGUACUCGAGGAUCGUGUUCCCGGUGUGCUUCAUCUGCUUUAACCUCAUGUACUGGAUCAUAUACUUGCACAUCAGCGACGUGGUGGCUGACGAUCUGGUACUGCUGGGAGCGGACUGAACUCAUCGGUUACAGUGUUACAUACCUACACACCCAUAUAAUAUAUAUACUACUUACAUGCGAUUAAAUAAUCUAUAUUGUACACUUAGACUUAGUGGUGGUGAUAAGAGCUCAAAGAAAUACAAAUUCCGUAAGAUAUAUAUAUAUAUAUAUAUAUAUAUAUAUA